GUCAAGUGGCUGAUCUGAAGAACUCACUGGGGAGUUUCAUUUACAAGUUGGAGAACGAGUAUGACCGGCUGACCUGGUAAGGGUUGCCAGGGCGAGGUGGGGAGGGCUCCAUAGGUGGGGGGCUGGGUCUCCUGGUGGAUAGGACAUCUCCAGUGAUGCAACCAUUUAUCAAUUUAAUAUAUGGUUUGGAAAGAGCUGGGUUUCCCAACAUGUAAAAAGUGGCCUUCAUGGCAAGGAAGUAGAGAAGUGCCCAGUUUCCCAGUCCAGGUUUUUUCUAGCAUUUGAUUUUUACCCUUGACUUCUCUGGUGAGGUGGUCCUCCCUCAGUGGGUCCACCACUACAGCUCUAUUCAUGCUGGAUCUCUUUCCACAGAUGUGCCAGAGUCUUUUAGAUCCAACCUACUCUGAAAGUGUGAAUCCUAUUUCCAGGCUGGAAAAGAGGCUUUUACCCAGUUUCUGAAUUUUCAGUUGUAACAGUGUGGCCAAUGUUCCUUUUUUGCCACUGUUUUCUUAUCCUAUUCAAACAAUGAACUGCCUUUGUAUUUUUUUUUCUUGAAGAUCAAAAACAGGCUUGUUUUAUUUAUGCACAGAACAACUUAUUUACAACACUCAGGUAUGGACUAUGUACAUAACAAUACAAGACACAUUUGCUUCCAAGGUAAUCACUGUAUAAAUUAAGAUUAUAAAUAUGAGGGGGUAAGCCCCACCCAAGGGCACGAAACCUUUUCUCCAAGACUCCUCAGGAAUCUUUCCUCCUAUUGGUCAGGACUGCCAGGUUUCCAGGUCUCUAGACCUGGGGCAGACAGAAGAGCAGCCCCACAGGCAGCGGGGGACAGCAGCCCAUCACCAGCUGGCAGUUUCCUACAACAUUCAUGCUCAUUCCUUUUCACUUAUAACUUGUUAGAAUUAGAAAAAUAGUUUUUUGUGUAAACAGUAUUUUAGUCACUGACAACAUAAAUUUUAAACACCACUCUUGAACCAAAUGUAAUGCUUUCCCCAGAGGUCACUGAGGACUUGGGGUUGCCUUAGUGCCAAAGACUGGGCCCCAGGAGGCCCCGAAACCUCUGUCAGCUUCUUGUACUUCUCGCAACCCUCCUCACCAAUUUCCAGCUUGUCCCAGGGCUUGCUCUAGGAACCUGAGCCCAGGGUGUGCUGCCCCACUAUGCUGACUCAAGACAGGCAUCCACCAACUCCUCUGUGAGCCAUUUCCACUUGGGAAAUCAAGUGAUUACUGUGGCUAGGUUAUUUCUUCCUCUACUUACCUCUGUCUAAAAUGACUCUUCUAUGGGAAACAGAAUCGCAAGUUGGAAAGGUGACACACAACUGUUUUCCUCCCAAUAUCACUUCCAAUGAGGCAUUUAAGUCCAUGUACAGAGCAUGAGAUUAUUUUACCCCCAAAUCCUAAUACCAACAUGUCACUUAUAGGGACAGGUGGCCAUGACAGUGGAACCCUGAGCCUGGGGUGGGCACAGCGUGAAGCGUGCCCUCUUGCUCGCCAUACUCCCAAGGGACUUGGCCUGAGCCCGACCUUGGGGAGGACCAGUGAUAGGGAGUACACCCAAGAGGCACAGCCACAAAGGUAGGGCCUGCUAGGGCAUCCACCUGGUAUACCCUGCUAAGGGGAAGAGUGGACAGAGGGUCUGCAAAGCUAGUGGCAGGCACAGCACUGUCCACGGCCCACCCCUCAGUGCCUGGGGCUGCCACAGACCCCAGCCCUGUAUCCACACCUGGCUCGUUGCACCUCUGGAUGGUGCUUCCCACUCAGCUUCCUCACAUGGCAGACAGGGUGACACUACCAAAAGUGCUGGGCUGUAGACAGAGUGUGGAGCCACAGCCUGACAGCCACGCAGAGCUGUUCCCUCCUCAGCCAGGGCGAAGUUGUAGAAACCCCUUCCCAGGGCCUGUUACAAGCCCCCAAGAGGACAACCGUCUUUGAAAGAGGAGAACAGGUGAACUGCCUAUUUUUUACAUGUGUCAGAAACUGAAAGCGUGUCCCUCUUUCCUAACCCCAUCAUUGCUGCUAGCCAGUCUGGUUCCCAUCUAGGCUGGUCAUAGAGCUAUGAAUCUUUUGGGGGUAAUUCUGGGUGUUCCUAGUCUGAAGGACUCCUUAUAGAUUGCUUAAUGUGAACCACUCCAGAGAAUGAGUGGAACAUUCUGACUCCUUACCACCACCAGGCCCUCGGUAUUGGACAGCUUUGCCCUGCUCUCUGGACAGUUGAACACUCUGAACAAGGUGUUGAAACAUGAAAAGACACCACUGUUCCGUAACCAGGUCAUCAUCCCUCUGGUGUUGUCCCCAGACCGAGAUGAAGAUCUCAUGCGGCAGACAGAAGGACGGGUGCCCGUUUUCAGCCAUGAGGUGGUCCCUGACCAUCUGAGAACCAAGCCUGACCCUGAGGUCGAAGAGCAGGAGAAGCAACUGACAACAGAUGCUGCCCGCAUUGGUGCUGAUGCAGCUCAGAAGCAGAUCCAGAGCUUGAAUAAAAUGUGCUCAAACCUUCUGGAGAAAAUCAGCAAAGAGGAGCGAGAAUCAGAGAGUGGAGGUCUCCGGCCAAACAAACAGACCUUUAACCCUGCAGACACCAAUGCUUUGGUGGCAGCUGUUGCCUUUGGGAAGGGGCUGUCUAAUUGGAGACCUUCAGGCAGCAGUGGUCCUGGCCAACCAGGCCAGCCAGGAGCUGGGACAAUCCUUGCAGGAUCCUCAGGAUUACAGCAGGUGCAGAUGGCAGGAGCUCCAAGCCAGCAGCAGCCGAUGCUCAGUGGGGUGCAAAUGGCUCAAGCAGGUCAACCAGGGAAGAUGCCAAGUGGAAUAAAAACCAACAUCAAGUCAGCUUCAAUGCAUCCCUACCAGCGGUGAGUGUGGCUGGCAACAUCCACUCCCAGGUGCUCUUUGCAGAUUUGGGCAGUGAAGUUACCUUUUGCUCAAGGCUCACCUAGAUGGGUACAAUAAAAAGAACAUUGGCUUUCAGCAACAGAUAAAUCCCAGCUCCACCGCUGACUAGCUGUGUGGCGUCGGGCAAGUGACCUAAUUUUUCUGGGCCUGUUUUCUCAUUUGUAAAUGGUGAUAAUACCUACCUCGUAGGGUUGUUGUGAGGAUUAAAAUGAGAAAAUGAAUGUAAAACACUUAGCACAAUAUCUGAAGUAAUGGGUAUUCAAUAAAUGAUAGUUUCUACA